AUGGCGCAUCGCCCGGGAAGCAUUUGGCGCCUCUCCAGUUGCGCCCAGCUGAAGUACCGCGCGACCCAGCUGCCCGCCCCAAAAGGAAAGAAAAAAAAUUUCUCCUUUUUCCCCUCGGGGGUACACACCAAUAGGGAAGGCUCCCAAGUUGCGUUAAAAGGGGAAAAAAUAAAAAAAGAUGAUUGCCCGGUGACCUUCGUGGGGAGCGACCGUCACGGCCACGGCGACAGCCAGGACGGCCUUCUGAGUGCGCAGGGAACCCCCAUCGAGGGGUUGCCCAUUGACAGGCUCCACACCGACGGGUUACCCAUUGACAGGUUGUACAGCGACGGGUUACACCCCGAUCGGGAUACCUUCCGCCCCUAUUUGACGAAGCGGAGAAGCGCCCUCAAGUUCUUUUCGUACCACGUGAAGGAGUACCAGGAGGGCAUGCUGUUCAAGCAGAGUGAUGGGAGUGAAAAGGCAUUUUUAUACUCCACCAAAAUUAAAAAGUGCCAGCACAGCGAUAGGAUAAGUAGCAAUUUGUUGGUUAGCUGUUUUUCCGGUGGGGACCGGGGGGAAAGAGUCUCCAGGAAAAGCCUCUUCGACAUUCUGUUUGGGAAGUUUAGCCUCCUGUACCUCUUCACCGAAACGAGCCACGUGCACGAGGUGGGGAAGUACCUGGCCGACUUUGCUCGCCGGAAGGGGCAGCAUGGAGCACACCCACCGUACAAUCAGCACAUACAGCACACACAGCAGAUGCGCAUGGUUGAGGAAGGCAAUGCUGUAAGGCUGAGGGACAGGCAGGAGCCAAUUCACCUCCACUACUGCUACGUCUCGCCUUACAGAUACCUCCUCUCGACGUAUUUCAGCAAAAGAAUAGCUCAGGAUUUAAAGGCCAAUUAUUUUAACAAAAAUAAUUUUUUUUUUAUAAAUGACAGAUUAAGUGUGGACGCUGAAAACACGCUGCUGCUCCCUGGGAGCAGAACCAUCGGCUCGUUCACCCCCCACGAUACGUUGCCGUCGUUGCUUCUAGUGGACGACUGCUGCUACGUGAGAUAUCACAUAAAGGGGUUGUUCACGAGGGAGGCUUCGCACUACCUCUUCAACGUCAUCAGGGCCAUUUAG